AUGAUUGAAAGCUUUACCGGAAACCUUGCUGGGGUGCUGUCGGCCUUACUCUAUGUCGUUGCCGCCAUCGUGACGUUUUGCCUGGCAGAGCUGGUAUCGCCGGGCAUACUGCCUGGGCCACUAAAACAUGUCAUUUCCGCAUUCAUAAAUAGGCUUCUCGAAUGGAAAUAUCCCAUCCUACAUAAAGAUGGGCUGGGUCAGAUUCCAUCUUGCCCGUACGUCUGGCCCAACGGUCAAGGCGACGACGACAAGUUUAUCGGUGGCAUCGAAAACUCUACUGCGUGGCAGGGAAGAAACGGCAAUGUCUACCGGAUAUGGUCCGGCAUGAAGUCUGAAAUGUAUGUUGCCAAGGAAGCGGUAGAAGCAUUUUUCGAGGGCUUGGACCAACAGCCACGCGGCAACUUGGCAAAGGGCCUCAUCCACCCGGCCGAAGAUCUAAAAAUGUUGCCAUUCUGGAUCGUGGCCAAAGUCUUUUACGGGGCGCUCUCAGAGGAUCUCACAAAGAGGUUGACCAAACUCGCACCAAUGCGUGAGAAAAUCUUUGGGUACGUCAUUCGCGGAGGUCUCCCACGAUUCUCAUGGUCGCGCUUCCUCCCCACUCGUGCCAACAAGGAACUGCGCCAGUUCAAGCAGUCCUGGAAGCAGUUCAACGAGGACGCGCUGCAACACGCCAAGCUGGACGCCCCGAGUGCCCCGAUUGUCCGCAUGGCGGCCGCCGUCGAAAACGGAGAGAUUGAUGAAGAGCAGCUUCUGCAGACUAUUGACGAAGCACUCUUUGCCAACCUUGACGUGACCACAGGCGGCCUAUCGUGGAAUCUCGUGUUCCUCGCCGUGCAGCCCAAGGCCCAAGAGCGGCUGCGUAAAGAGAUGCGCGACGUCGAGGCCCAGGGCGGCGGCAGGGAGGCCGCGCUCGACGCCUACAUCCAGGACCGGUCGACCUACCUGGCGGCGUGCGUGCUCGAGUCGUCCCGGCUCCGGCCCCUCGCGGCGUUUAGCGUCCCGCAGGCGGCGCCAACCGCGCGCGACGUCGACGGCUUCGUGGUGCCGGCGGGCACGAGCUUCGUCGUUGACGCGUACGCGCUCAACGUGCGCGGCGACGAGUGGGCGCCCGACCACGCGGCGUACCGGCCGGACCGCUUCCUCGGCGGCCGCGACACGCACCGCCGGUACCUGUUUUGGCGGUUCGGCUUCGGGCCCCGACAGUGCCUCGGCAAGCACAUGGCCGACAUCAUGAUUCGGGCGACGCUCGUGCAUCUGGUGCGCAAUUACGAUUUGAGUCUCUUGAGCGAUGACAUUUGGUCGAGGAAUAAAGAAUGCUGGAUCACGCAUCCAGACUUUUUGCUGCGGUGCGAGAAGCGGCUGGAGGAAAAGGUGCAACCGACGGCGCCCGUAGAAAAGCCCGGCUUGGGGGCCAGGUGCGAAAACGCAUGA